UGAGCACAAGUCUGAAGGCGAAGAAUGCAUCUCAGUCCUCAACCUUAGAUGAUGGAGAACGGGUACCAUUGAUCCCUCCCAGAGCCUUUGAUGAGAAUCCUGAGACAUGUUGUCGCACCCAGAAACAGACUAACCCCUGGUGGAGAAUUGACCUGCAGGGGAUUUACAACAUUUCCUGCAUCUCUAUCUAUACUAAACCAGAGGAAGUAGCUUACAUAUCUGGAGCUCAGAUCUACAUCGGGAACUCUCUAGAGAACAACGGCACCAACAACAGGCUGGUUUACAACAUCACAGCCCAAGGACAGGAGAUAAACUAUAAAAACCUUAAUAUGACUGCCUUCAGCUUUACCACCUCAGCGUUGGGGCGAUACGUCACUGUGUUCAGACCAGGCCAAAAUCAUCUGGUUCUUUGUGAGGUGAACAUCACUGCUGUCUUUGAUGGACCAACAAUAAAUUUGAGGAAGGAGAAAGCAUCACAGUCUUCAACCUUCAUUAAUGUUAAUGAAAACAGAUCAUACACUGCUGACCGAGCCUUUGAUGGGGAUCCAUCCACAUGUUCUCACAGCGACAAUCAGAUAAACUCCUGGUGGAGAAUCGACCUUCAGGGGGUUUACAACAUUUCUUGUAUCUCUAUCUAUAAUAUUGAUCAGGCUGGCCGUGAGACUAACAUAACAGGUGCUAAGAUCUACAUCGGAAACUCUCUGCAGAACAACGGCACAAACAACAAACUGGUUCAAAACAUCUCCAACUUUCAAACAAACAAGUACAAUGUCUAUAAGCUUCAGUCAUCAGUUUUGGGGCGCUAUGUCACUGUGAUCAUACCCAAAAAACAACAUAUGAUUAUUUGUGACAUACACAUCACUGGCAGAAAGCUUGCAUCCCCUUUUAAACUAAUUAAGAAAAAUAAGACCUGGGAAGAAGCCCUGUACUACUGCAGAGAUAACCACAGAGAUCUGGCCUCCAUCCUGGAUCAAGAGAUGCAGGCCUUUGCUGAGCUGGAGGCUGAGAAGGCCAACAGUCCCUUCGUAUGGCUCGGCCUUCAUUACACCUGCACCCUGGACUUCUGGUUCUGGGUUGAUGAUAAUGUUGUGCGUUUCAAACGCUGGGCUAACAUCCCCCCAGAGGAGGACUGUGACAUGAGUGGAGCCAUGAAGACACAGGGAGACCAUCUGUGGUUCAGCAAGUCUGAUUAUGAAGAGUUUAAUUUUAUCUGUUUGCUUUAG